AUGGCAUACCCUUCUGCAGAGGAUGGAAGUGAACGGGGAACAUCCAUGGAGCACCUCGGCGACGCAUCGACGACGCUGAGCGGGGGUUCGGCAGAGAGGCGAUCGAAGGGGAAAAAGGCGAAGAAGGGGGGCGAGCUGAAGAAGCUGCGCAGGAAGGAAGGCCUCGCAAAGAAAGCGACGUCGAUAAAAAUGGAAAGGCUAAUAGAAAGGGGUAAAAUCCCCUCCCUCAAGAGGACAAUGAAGAGGAAAAUGAGCCAGGUGAAGGGGGCGAGCGCUAAUGGGGGUGGAGAUGGUGAUGAUUGCGGUGGUGACGACUGUCGUGGUGACAGCAGGAGGGCCCUCCAAAAGAGGCGGCGAAAGGAAAAGCGCAAAGGGAAGAAGCUCUCCAAAGGGAAGAAGCCCCCCAAGGUGAAACAAAGCAAGAGCAAAAGGGAGAAGACGGAAGAGGAGGACGAGGAAGCGGAGGAGGAGGAAGAAGACGAGGAAGAUGGGUUGCAUUUCCUCCAACGCGAGGACGUUAUCCUAGAGGAGGAAAAACAAAUGACGACGAGAGGGAUGAUCAAGAAGAGAGACCCCUCGGAGAACUUAAUACAAUUUUUGAGAAUGUAUAAUGACCAGGGGGAGGGAGUCCCGAAGAGGAGAAAAUGUCUUAGGAAGGACGACAGGGAAGAAGAGGGCGAGGUCACGGAGGAGGACGCCGAGGCAGAGUCGUACCAAUACCUCUCCCAGAAAGACGACGUGUACAAAAUUGAGAAGCCAGCCGAGCCAGUAAACCUUUCUGAUUUCCUCUACACGGAAGAUGUCGUAGCGAGGGAGCAAAUAGGUGAUGAUAUCAAUAUGCUGACGAGGGGACAACUAGAGAAGGGGAAGACCUCCAGACACAUCUCCAUCCUGGAGGAACAGAAAAUGAACGAGCAUCUGGCGUACGUAAACAAUGUGGAUCUUAUAAACAAAAUGAACAGAUCGUUUUACGUCAUAAGCAACGCGCAGGGGGUGCACUUCGGGCAGGGGGGGAAAAAUGGGGAAGGGGAAGUCACCUCGGAGGAGUUCCUAAACAAGAGCCUCCUCCGAAGGGGUGCCCGCGUGGGAGAAGGACAGGGCGGAAAACACACCGAACAACGCAGCGGUGGAACUGGCGCGCUGGGUGGCCUCUCCCACUCCACCGCCAACCCCGAUGACUCCCUCACCACCCUCCAGUUCGAAGCCGAGAUGCAGAAAAAUCUGAGGAUGUCCAAAAUGCUCAUCGUGUCGGACGACGUGCUGAAAACGGAGAGGGAGAAAAAAAGAGAUGAGCUAAAAAAAAUUGCUCAACUGAAAGCAUUGCUACUCCAGGAGGAAAAAAAAAACAAAUAUAAGAAACGGAUUAAGUCAAAGUCAUACCGUAGGCAUCUGCGAAUGAAGGAGAAGAAGGAGGAGGAAAAGAUCUUGGCCAAGAUAUACUCGGAGCACCCUGACCUGGCAGAAAAUCUGGCCAAUUAUGAGAAAGAAUACGCUCAGAAGAGAAACUUAAUAAAUAACGUGAAGAAGAGAAAAACCGUGCGGCUACUCAAUCGGUACAAGAACGAGGAGCUGAAGAAACAGAUGCUGAGGAGCUUCCAGGCAGAGAAGGAAGAGAAGAAUGCGCUUAGGCGGAUCAUCGAGAGGGCCGUUGUGGAGGAAGAGGACGGGGGGGGAAGUGGCACCGAUGAGGGGGGAAGAGGAAGCGGCACAGAUGAGCGGGGAAGCGGAAAUCCUAAGAAGUGGAGCAGCAUUCGUGGGGCGGAUGACACCUCAGAUGACGAAGUGGACACCUCCUCCCUGACCAAAAAGGAUAAAGUCAGGAGGGAACUACAAAAAAGGAACCUUGAACGAUUCUCCUUUGUGAGAAAUGCUGAGGAAAGGAAACGGGACGAUGAAUUGUAUCAACAGAGAAAGAGGCUGCUCGAUAAGGUGGAACGGAAGAGGGAUGAGAAGGAUGAGAAGGAUCCGAUGGCGAGUUGCUCCUCCGAUGAGGGCAGCGACGCUGAGAGGACCCACCUCGAUUUGGGCCUGUCAAACGAGGUGCGCAGGUCGAGCUCGAAGGAGGCGUCCAAGGCGAGGGCGCAGCUAGCGAGAGACGCCGACCUGGUGAACGCGCUGCGGAAGGGUGGCAUUUUGGGCUCCGAGGAGGGGCACCUAGGAGGGAACUCCGCGGAGGAGAAUCCACUCGGUGUAGCUCUGUUAGAGAAUCCAUCCGGGGUAGUCCCGAUGGAGGAGAAGCCAGAGGAGGAAAAACCAGCGGAGGAGAAGCCAGAGGAGGAAAAACCAGCGGAGGAAAAGUCAGAGGAGGAGAAGCCAGAGGAGGAAAAACCAGCGGAGGAAAAGCCAGAGGCGGAGAAACCAGCGGAGGAAAAGUCAGAGGAGGAGAAGCCAGAGGAGGAAAACCCAGAAGAGGUAGACCCAUCCACCGUAAGGGACCUCUGCGACAUCAACGCGAUUGACUCGAUUGACGCGAUCGAUGCGAUUGACCAGAUUGGCGGCGAAUCCCUGAUGCAGAACUUCGGGGAAAAUCUCACAGUGUACAAUUUCGAAAACGAAGUCUACGAAGAGUAUGUGAAUAUAAAUCCAGAGACAGCCGAUGGGAAGAUCCCUCGGGAAGAUGAUGAGUUGCUUCAGUUGAGCGACGAUGAAAGAGUCACCACCGAGAGGGUGAGCCAAAGGGAAUGGUGCAACUACGAAACGUUACUCGAAUUGGAGAAAAAGAAAGUCUUAAAAGAGAAGGAGAUGAUUGAGAAAAAGAAAAGAAUCCCGAUCCACACGAUUAGCGUUUUCAAUAGGAAAGACAGGAAAUUUGAAAAAUACUUUGUGGACAAGGUUCCCUAUCCUUAUGAGAGGAAGGAUUAUCAGAAGACCUUGAACAUAAACUUAAACAAAGAGGUGAAUGACAUUUCGGCGCACGCCAAGCUGAUCGCGCCUCGGCUGUCUAACCGGGUCGGUAACAUUGUGUCACCGCUGGUGAGGAACCCCUUCGAGAUUGCGCGCAUCUUGACGCUCAAGCGGGGCAAGAACAGGAGCAAGCUGUGA